GUUUCUUUUUAAGGUCAAAGUUGACGGCAUCCGGAAGUAGCAUGUAGUCGGUUUUUGGUUUUUAAUAGAUGUUUUUACCUGUAGUGUUUGAUUCCAUAAAUCCUUACAAUAAGUUUGUUGUUUUGCUUUAACGGGAGGCUAACUGAUGUUGGCUUCCCCAUCUGUCCGCAACAAUGACCACCAUAGUCCACGACACCACAGAGGCAGUGUGCCUCUCCACUGAGUACAGCCUGUACCUCAAGCCCAUUGCCAAAAUGACCAUCAGCGUAGCUUUGCCCCAGCUCAAGCUGCCAGGCAAGAGCAUCUCCAACUGGGAGGUGAUGGAGAGGGUCAAGGCCAUGGUAGCUCCGGAGCAGUUUUCAGCCCUGCGAAUCUCCAAGAGCACCAUGGACUUCAUCCGCUUUGAGGGGGAGGUGGAAAACAAAACAGUGGUCAAGAGUCUGCUAAGUCGUCUAGAUGGAAAGAGCAUCAAACUCAGUGGAUUUACAGAUGUGCUGAAGGUACGUGCAGUUGAGAAUAAAGUGGAUUUUCCUACGCGCCAUGACUGGGACUCAUUUUUCCGUGACGCCAAGGACAUGAAUGAGACUCUUCCAGGAGAGAGGCCUGACACCAUCCACCUGGAAGGGCUUCCUUGUCGCUGGUUUAGCCAGAAGGAUAGCCAGUAUCCUGACCGACCCUCAGAGGAAGUCCUCCUCGCUGUUUUCCAAACAUUUGGCAAGGUGCGAAAUGUUGACAUCCCCAUGCUGGACCCAUAUAGGGAGGAGAUGCUGGACAAGAACUUCAGCACAUUCAGCUUUGGUGGCCAUCUGAACUUUGAGGCUUAUGUCCAGUAUCAGGAAUACUGUGGCUUCACGAAGGCCAUGGACACUAUGCGCAGCAUGAAGCUGAUGCUGAAAGGAGACGAUGGAAAGGCAGUGGCCUGUAACAUCAAGGUGACCUUUGACACCAGCAAGCAUCUUAGUGAGUCAGCUUUGAAGAGGAGGAGCCUGGAGAGGCUGAAAUUACAGGAACUGGAGAGGCAGCGAGAGGAGCAGAAACGUCGGGAGAAGGAAGAGGAGGAGCGACGUAAGGAGGAGGAGAGGAAACAGAAGGAACAGGAAGAGGAGGAGAAGGAGAGGAAGAAAGAGGAGAGGAUACGAAAGCGAGAGCAGAAGCUGCGAGAGAGAGAGGAGAGGAGGAAUAUGAAGAAGGUGAGGCGACAACAGGAAGAGGAGCAGAAGAAACUGCAGAUGAAGAUCGCUAUGGAGGAGAGGAGGCUCCUGCUGGCUCAACGCAACCUGGAAUCCAUACGGCUCAUUGCUGAGCUGCUGGCCAGGGCGAAGGCACUGAAGCAGCAGCAGCAAGAGAAGGAGAGAGCUGAACGCGAAGAACGAGAGAGGCAGGAGCAGGCUCGACAAAAGGAGGAAUUAGCUCGUCUUCAACAGUUGGAGGCCUGUCGACGCAAACAGGAGGAGGAGUUGCGAAGGGUGGAGGUGGAGAAGGAGCGAGCACUUGAGCUGCAACGCAGAGAGAAAGAGCUGAGGGAAAGACUGCUUUGUAACCUAUUGAAGAAGAGUUGUGCUAAAACUACAGGAACUUCAGGAACACAGGACCAGGCAGGCCCUGAAACAAGUGAGGGGACCUCAGAUCCUGGUGAUGUGAUGGUUGGGGUCCUGGGUUGGGUAAACGGAGGGAAAGCUGAUGAGAGCAAAGAAAAACAAGUGUCCAAAUCCAGUGUGCACUCCCAAGCUUUAGGGAAAAAUAAAGCAACAGAAGAGAGGAGAGGAGGGGAGGACAGGAAAAAAGACAGAGAGGGCAGGAGGGACGAGGUGGUGAGGAGCAGGCAGAGCAGGGAGCGAGCGAGGGGCCACUCCCACAGAGGAAGGAGCCCAUACAGUCGGGGCAGGAGGAGGCGCUCCCACAGCUACAGCAGAAGGAGAAGGAGCUCCAGCCGCCGGAGGAGAAGCUCUAGUCGUCAAAGGAGGAGCCACAGUCAUCAUCACGGCAGCAGGAGGCGCAGCCACAGCCAUUGCAGCAGGAGCACAAGCUCCAGCAGAGAUCGUAGCCGGAGCAGCAGUGGCAGGAGUUACAGUAGAGGGAGGAGCCACAGGCGUAGUCAUCGUAGAGGCAGCAGAGGCAGCUCAAAGAACAGCAAUAAAAGCAGAGACAGGAGGAGUCCCAGUCAUUACAGUCGAAGGUACAGGAGACACAGCAACUGUAGGGAUAGGAGCCACUCCAGACGACGCUGAACUCAUCACUAUAUGCAUUUUAAUGACUGAUAUAUUCACCAUUUCUGGACUCACACCAUUAGUUAAACAACUUUCAGACAAAGGAUAGAUAUUUUUGGUCCCUUAUUAGUUAAGUAAUGCACCAACUGGCUUUUUCUUGAACAGGGCUGCUCGGCAAAACACAAGAAAUCUUAGAUUGAAAAACUUGACAUUACAAUAGCGUCAAGUCCGAACAAUAAAUUCAUUAUGAAAAUGUGAGCUUAUUUAGUUGUUGCAGUUGAUUCUAUGGAGUUGCGCUUUCCUUUUAAAAACUUUAUUUUCCCCACAGUUCAUGUUUUGGAUCAAAGCUGCUGACAAUUAAAAAAUUCCAAAUAUUUACAUUUAACAAGUUCAUGACAUAAAAGACACAUUGUACUGUGUGGUUUUACGAGAACAUUGUUCCUUUCUCUGUGUGAAAGAAUUGUAUCAAUAUUUGGACUGAAGUAGACAAAAAAAUUUAAGUAAAAAACUAUUUUAAAAAGAGGCUAACUGGGUACUUAAAUUUGGUUCCUUAUAUAAUCUUUGUUGUUCUUUAUGUUGACAGAUGAGAACAGUGACCGGAUUGAGUUAAAAAACAAUCUUGACCCCCAGUUUGUAAACUGACACACCGGUCCAACCUUAUUUAAAACAUAAAGCCUGUUGAUGACUUCUCAUUGUCUAUGAAGAACAGUGAGCCACAGAAAGUUAAUAUACAGGAUACAGACUGUGUCUGGUUUUCUGACCAGUCUUUUUAUCCACAUUUGUAGCCUAACUAUGGGAAAUAAAGUGAUGUCAGCAUGAAGUUUCAAACACUGUUUUCUGACAGGCACGUGAUCUUCAUCAUAUGGCUGCUGUAGUUGUGGCAGAUGUUUAAGAGCACUAUUAUAAAUGGCUGCUGCUCCAUUACAACUGUGAAUUGCUUGAAUUGAAAGACUAUAAGAAGCAUACCUCUGUUUUAAAGCUGUCAGGCACACCGAAUGAUUUUGUCGUCAUAUUUUAGCUGCCUAGCUGUUUUCUUGAAAUACUGCAUCAAUAUUGAGAUUUUUGUGGAACUGUACAACAAUGGACUUGACGUCGACCUGAACUAAGCAGCUGCUUUUGUAAUGAUUACAUAAUUUCAGUUAAGAUGUUUUGGUUCCUGAGUGAUUGGAAGAACUGUUUUGUUUAGAGUGAAAUCAUCAGUUGACUUCAUGUUUGAAAGCCUAAAAAAUAGAACAACUUUUUAAGGAAAGCUGCUUCUGGGAUUCAAGUCAAAGCAGCACAGUACCGUAGUAAAAUGGGAUGUUAGGAUGUUUCUCCAGCUUGUGGUGGAUACAAUUCAUUAGCAUUACUGAUUAUGUUACAGAGUGUUCUUGUAGUUGAACUUGAGCUUGAAGGAUGUUCCAGUUUUGUUGACUCUUCUACUUUCAUUUGUCCUUGUCACAGCAAAGCCCAUUUGUUCUGUAUAUGCUCGUGAUCUACUAGAGCAUGUCUUGCACUCUGCAAGUUGGCUAAAAUAAAAAUCAAAGCUGAGAA